CUGAAAAAAAAUUACAAAUAAUUCACGUGUGACGGACGCGUGCAUUUAAAAUUGGGUUUCGGCAAAAGAAAAUCGCAAUUUUCUGGGAAAAUUAGUUAAUUUUGGAACCUUAAGCGUUCCAAAAUGUUGGUGCUGUUCGAAACGGCCGCUGGUUACGCCAUUUUUAAGCUUUUGGACGAGAAGAAACUCGAAAAAGUCGAUAGUUUGUACAACAGUUUUAGAAAUGUGGACUCCGCUAGUGAGGUUGUAAAACUAAAACAUUUUGAAAAAUUCACUGAUAUAACUGAAGCCUUAGUGGCAACCACAGCUGCCGUUGAAGGAAAACUCUCAAAGAGCUUAAAGAAACUGAUCAAAAAUCAUGUUGCUAAAGACGUACAAGAGCAGUUACUGGUGGCCGAUGCCAAACUUGGAAGUGCUAUCAAAGAAAAAUUCAGCCUGCAGUGCCUCUCUAAUAACUCGGUGCAGGAGUUGAUGAGGUGCAUCAGAUCACAGCUGGAUAACCUGAUAUCAGGUCCUCAAAAAAAAGAAAUGACUGCCAUGGCAUUAGGUUUGGCUCACUCUUUGUCCAGGUAUAAAUUGAAAUUUUCACCUGACAAAGUGGACACCAUGAUUGUCCAAGCUGUUUCGCUGCUUGACGAUUUAGAUAAGGAACUGAAUAACUACACCAUGAGAUGCAGGGAAUGGUAUGGUUGGCAUUUUCCAGAGUUGGGAAAACUUAUUACCGAUAACAUGGCCUUUGCCAAAACUUUGAAAGUUAUUGGGACCAGAGAACAUGCCAUCACAUCUGAUUUAUCUGAUAUUUUACCUGAAGAUGUUGAAGAAAAGGUUAAAGAGGCGGCGGAAAUUUCAAUGGGCACAGAAAUUUCCGAGGAGGACAUUCUAAACAUACUUAGUCUCUGUGACCAGAUAAUAGAUAUGACUAAUUAUAGGCAACAGUUAUACGACUACUUAAAAAAUCGCAUGAUGGCCAUAGCACCCAAUCUCACCAUUUUAGUGGGUGAUUUGGUUGGGGCCAGACUUAUUUCACAUGCUGGUUCAUUGAUAAAUUUGGCCAAACAUCCUGCCUCAACCGUACAAAUCCUUGGAGCUGAAAAGGCUUUAUUUAGGGCCUUAAAAACUAAAAAAGACACUCCUAAAUAUGGUCUGAUUUAUCACUCACAGUUAGUGGGGCAGUCCAGCACUAAAAAUAAGGGAAAAAUGUCCAGGAUGUUAGCAGCCAAAGCUUCAUUGGCCACGAGGGUUGACGCUUUGGGCGAGGACGUGACUAUUAAUUUGGGUGCAGAACAUAAGGCCAAACUGGAAGCCAGAUUGAGGAUUUUAGAGGAGGGCAAUGUGAGAAGGAUUAGUGGUACUGGUAAAGCAAAGGCCAAAUUCGAAAAGUACCAUGGAAUAAGUGAAAUAAAACAAUACCCAGACGCCGCGGACAGUACCUUACCAUCUACCAGCAAGAGACAAAGGGCAGAAUCUGAAGUAAAACAUGAAGUCAAAGAAGAAAAAGAAGUACCUGAAGAAGUUGAAAUUAAACAAGAAAAAAAGAAAAAGAGGAAAGUUAAAGUGGAAGAAGUAGUAGAAGUGGAGGAAGCCGAAACGGAGACUCCCAAAAAGAAGAAGAAAAAGGUGAAGCAAGAACAAGAGGAGGAAAUGCCUGAAGUAUCAUCAGAAAAAAAGAAAAAGAAGAAAGUGAAACAGGAACUGGAUGAAUCUGCGGUACAGGAACCUGAAGAACCCACAAGCGAGAAAAAGAAGAAGAAGAAAAAGAAGGCCAAGGAUGAAACCGAGAUGGAGUGAUAUGUGCUUUAUUUGGAUAAGUUUAAACAUGAAAUAGUUGUUAAGAUAUUAAAAGUGGAUUUCUUUAUCAGAGUUGUAACUACAAAAUGAAAAUACAUUUUUUUUUGUAUCAAAG